UCCGAUGCUCCAGUUGCGCGUUUUAUUCCAUUCCACGACCCAUUUACUCCAGUUAUCACCAUUCAUUACAUGGUUUUUAUUUUCUCGUGGGUAAUAUUAUCGUAUCAACCAACAGUAACCAUUUCACGUGGGCUUCUCGUUCUUCGGGCCUUUAGAACCUAAACGUUGUUGUCCAUUAACUGCUAGGCGAUUGUAGGUCUCUGCGACUCUUUUUAAAGUUCUCGUGAUUUUCGGUAAAGAGAGUCAGUCUGAAUAAUCUGAUCGAUAAACCCUAGAGAGAAGAAAACCCAAACCCUGAACUGAAAAUGGCUGGAAAUGCGCCUCAAGGAAGUUCUUCUGAACCAGAAUCAGGGGUUACUUCUCAGGCAGGUCAAGAAAAGAAGCCCAACAUUAAUAAUAAUACUGAGUUUGUCAAUCUCCAGAUUUAUUAUGAGCAAGAUGGAAGUGAAACCAAAUUCAGGGUUAGAAGAAAUACCAAGCUACAGAAACUUCUGGUUCAAUUCUGUACACAUCGUUCCCUGGAUAUGAAAGCCCUGGCAUUCUUGUUUGAAGGAACAGAACUUAAACUGGAGCAAACUCCGCAGGAGCUUCAAAUGGAAGAUGGUGAUGUGAUUGAUGUCAUGAUCCAUGCCUCUGGGGGUUCAAGGAUGGUGUAAACUCAAGUUCAAAGCCUUUGUACAAGUAUAGAGUGGAAGGUUUUAGUUGAAGUAUGGAAAACUUUAGGUGGAUGUUGUGAUAUAGUUUAUAUUUGACAUCUUCAUUGAAAAUCCCUUUGGGUUUUUGAUGUGUAUCAACUUAUUCAGUUCUCAUCUCCUGAAUUUGUUUAUGUAGUAAUGUUGGUACAUGGUGCUGAUCGUCUCUCCCGGAUUUGAGAUCUAGGCCCGAGUAUAUGGCCAUUAAUUUAGAAAUAGAACUGCUAAUUUCCUUGUGUCUUAAUAGUUAAGGCCUAGGUUUUAUGAAUUAUGUAUCAGGAAUGGUUUCUUAUUUUAGUUGGCUAAGGAGAGAUCUAGAUGGAUCAUAUAUGUUGGUGCUAUCCGAUUAAUUCAAGCAUGGUCAUGAGC